AUGUCAGUCCCAGGCUGGCUGAAGGUGUGGUACAAGAAGCCGGAAUGGCGCGACAUCAACGAUUACACCCGCAUGGUGAAUGACGAGAGCCUGAUACCGAGACAUAGGCCCAGGAGCCCGACACCAGCUUUUGCCUCGAUCCCGAGCCGAUUAUCAUUAGACAGAGUGUUGGAGAACAAGACGUGCAGCCCCAUGUCGCUGCAUGACUUUUAUCUGUAUCUCAAGCACAUUGAGCACUCGUCCGAGAACCUCGAAUUUUACCUGUGGGCUCACUCGGCCGAGACCGACCUCUCGAGUGUUGUCUCCAUCUACAGAAAUCUAGAGAGGAGAAUAGCACACCUCGAGUCGCCCUGCAUCCAGGCAGCCAAGGACAGGUCGAUAUGGAGCAUGUUCGUGCCGUACUGGCUCCGGAGACAGAACCACGCAGACUGUGCAGAUGGAUUCUGUCGCCUAGAGGCCAUCAACGAGAGCGGAGAUAUAGAGCGGAACGCUCCGUCGCCAGACCCGUCGCCGGUGUUUGGUAGGCCCUCCAGCAGCAAGUCGUCGAUCAAAGAGAACCGCGCCGAGCUCGACUCGGCCAUCGCCACGUUUCUGGUCCCGGGGGGCGAGAAGGAGCUCAACAUCUCGCACGUCCUGCGCCAGCGCGUGCUGCAGCAGCUCGAGCAGUCGUCGGACCCGCGCCACCUCAGACCGGUGGCAGACCACAUUUACGAGGUGAUGAAGAACUGCUCGCACCGGAACUUUGUGAACGUGGGCGUGUCGACAGGGACGUACGAGACCAUCUGCGUGGGCAAUCUGAUCGGGAUCCUCUUCAUCAUCGCAGGGCUGCUGGUGGUCCUGCUCCAGGCCUUCCACCCGUACCGCGGCGCGCACACGCGGUGGACCUGUUUUUAUGUAUUUCCGCUGUGGCAGAUGGGCGUGACCUUGUUGCUGGUCGGGACGCAGGGUAUGUGCAUGGUGAUGUUGUCCAUGUCCAAGAGGCAGGCCCUUCCCUGGGAAAGGUUUGACGACGGCGCGUCGGUCGUGGCGGACUCGUCAGGGCCCCAGGGCUGGCUGGGCAAGUAUAGGAAGUUUAUGGACAAGACGGUAGCGCACGACCGCAAGUUCAAGGUGGAGGACAAGCACUUGAGGAGGCUGCAGAGGAUGAUCCUGUUCCAGUGUGGAACUGCCGGUGUGAUCGCCGGCCUGCUGGGAGUCCUGCUCUUUAUCUUCUUGCCCAUCUGGAAGGAGACGUACCAUCAUCAUCAUUGA